AUGGAAGAGAUUUAUCCUGCAGAUGACACCACUUCAUUCCUUGCCCAGCCUAUACCGCACAGGUUCGAGCUUGGGCAGGGCUAUACUCUCCGCAGACAUCGCUAUGAGCAGCUAGGAGACGAAGGCACCUUCAAUUGCCGGCGCGAUUGGGUCAAAUACAUCGGUCCCAUCGGCCCAUGGGGCAACAGCAAUCCUUGGGAUGGUAACUUCUGUUCCGUUGUGAUGCCUUUCUGCAAGCCAGAGAGACUGAGUUCUCCUAUAUCACGGAAUGUGCUUGCUUUUAUGUACGAUAAUGUCCUUGAGUCGGCUGCACAGGCAGCAAAAGCAUUGAUAAAUACGAAUACAGAGGACAUUCUGAUGGAUGAGCACAAAUACCGCACAAUCCGAUCAACGAUCGGUACGAAGCAAAUCCAGGCCAAGAUGAUGCUAGAUCUCCUCCUGAUAGACAAGCCCUGCGGGGAAGCGAUAAUCAACGAAUGGAAAAGAAUGGUCAAGACGACGGCGGGCUUGGAUAAAGCUCGUCAUUUUAAAAACUUGGAUGAUUAUAUUGAGUAUCGCAUUGUGGAUACCGGAGCACCAUUUACUGACUGUCUAAUGCGAUUUGGCACGGGAAUCCUCUUAUUCCCCGAGGAACAGGAACAUGUCUAUCCCAUUGUACGACCGUGUUACGCGGCGCUUGGCCUGGCGAAUGACUUCUACUCAUUUGACGUGGAGUAUGACGAGCUUUGCAACACCGAGGCCACUUCCAUGACCAACUGCAUUUGGCUAUACAUGCAAUGGGAAAACCUGCCCAUCGCAAAGGCCAAAGAGAGAGUGCGAGAAAUAACCUCUCGAUACGAGGCUGAGUUCCUCGAGCGUUCUCAGCAUUUCUGCGAGAACAGCCCAUGCUCGAAUGAGAGGACGAGGUAUUACCUUCAUGCUCUUGCACAUAUGGUUACCGGCAAUAUUUCAUGGAGUCAACACUGCCCUCGCUAUCAUCCAGCGCUUCGGGAUGGAGCUAGUAAAUGUUUUGGGUUAGCCGAUGGGGUUGCGCCCAGUCCAGAGCCUGAAGCGAAGCUUUCAAAGCUCCGGACAGACCAGAUGGGCUUGAACAGAGAAGAUACGAUCCAUGUGGAGUGCACCCAGCCUACCAGGAACCCCUCUUACAGUUCAGGAACAAGUAUUAGCGAAUUCAGCGAGAAAGAUAAGAGGCCUUUAUUAGGCACAGAGCAUGUGUACGCACCGUUCGAGUAUAUCUCUCCACUUCCAUCCAAGGGUAUUCGGGAUUCCUUUAUCGACUCUUUAAACACCUGGCUUGGGUCUCCAGAAAGGGUCGUCAACCAGGUGAAGUCGAUCAUCAGCACGUUGCACAAUGCUUCUCUCAUCUUGGACGACAUCCAAGACGCUUCGCCCAUUCGACGCGGCAAACCUGCUGCGCACACUGUAUUCGGCCACGGUCCAUCCAUCAACUCGGCCAACUUCCUCAUAUUCCAAGCGCUAGACGAAGCUCGAAAGCUGGACAGUCCGAACGCUGUGGAUAUCUUCGUGGAGCAGAUGCAGACAAUGCAUGUUGGCCAGAGCUUCGACCUAUACUGGGCUCGACAUAACAAGUGUCCAUCAGAGGCGGAGUACUUGGAGAUGGUUCGAUGCAAAACAGGAGGUCUAUUCCGCUUUGCAGUGCGUCUGCUCCUUGAUUCUAGACACCAGAAUAACCGACACCUACCACUCGAUCACCUCGCCGACCUUCUCGGUCAGCUCUUCCAAAUCCGCGACGACUACAAGAAUCUAGUCGCAGACGAGUAUACCGUCUCAAAAGGCUUCUGCGAAGACCUCGACGAAGGCAAAUUCUCAUUCCCGCUCAUCCACACCCUCAACACGCAGCCGAACCCGCAAAUCGAAGAGAUUCUUCACGAAGGCAGAGUGCGAGGCGGUUUGAGUAAACCCAUGAAGCUGUUAGUCUUGGAGCAGAUUAGGAAGGCAGGGAGCAUGGAGUACUCGGAGAAGAGGCUUAGUGAGCUGGUGGAGCAGGUGAGGGAGGAGAUUGAGCAUGCCGAGGACGUGGCGGGGUGCACGAAUUGGGCGUUGAGGCUUGUGCUGUAUAAGCUUGAGGAGUAA